AUGAUGGUGUCUAUGGGCAAAUCCUUCGCACGGCUAAACUUUAGUGGGCGCAUAGUUCCCCAGCACUCCUACAUUUUCCACCCUCGUCAAGUUCUCAACCAGAGUCGAUGUAUAUAUGGGGCUCAGAGCAGCGUUUUCUGCCAGGAAUUCCUCCAUGAACAAUCAUCCAACAGACAUUCAGAGCAGUCGGGAUCUUUGGAGUCCGAAUCAGUGAUUGUUAUUGUUACGAGCGUUGAAGAUGCUGUUUAUGUCAGCUAUCGAGAAGUCCAAGUAGGGCAGGCAGAUGGUCAACAACUAGUCGAACUUCUUCCACUUCCAAAAGAAGACAUAGAACGCCUAGAAGCUAGACUGCAGUCUGUCGAAGAGGAGAAAUAA